UGUGUGAUUUUUAUUUCUUGUUCCUCUCUCUCAAGAAAUGAAUGAAUUGCUGUAAAAAAAAGUAGUUUAAGGAUUAUUUUAACUACAUGUAUAGAUUUAUCAUAAAAAAUAAUAUUGUGGUAGGUCACCUGUUGCCGAGACCUUUGGUAUGUUACUGUUGUCAGACAGAAACAUGCUUUGCCACAAAACGAUUCAAAAUAUAAUUUGAAUUAUUGUGGCACAGGUGAGGUAAUCAGCUGUGGAGCGAACGCAUUGUGUGGCGAAGCAUGGAAUGGCCUCGGCUGGCUGCGGGGGGCCCUGUCAGGCAGCAGAUCCAGGCGCCAUUGUCCUCCGCAUGGCGGCAGCGUUGUGACGUCACAGAGGCACAUCAGAAGGGCGCAGUGCGGCAGUUUGCAUGGGCAGCUCACUCAGGUCAGAAGCUGAGGAACAGGAAUGACCAAAGUCUGCUCCAUUGAGGAGACGAGUGAGCCACAAACCAAAUUAAUCUCCAGGGAGAAAUGUACAAACAGCUGGGAGAGUGAGGAGGAACUGCAUUGUGCAGCAGCACUUCUCUGGAGCAGAAUUUUGGGGUGCUGGAGUGGAUCUCAGUAGCAACAUGAAUCUUUUCUGUUUCUCUCUGGAGGGUUCAAUGGACAGCUUGUAUGAGCCUGUCCCUGAACGUCAAGAACCCAAGGAUACAACCAGUACAUCCAGCCAGCCCAGCACUCCAGUGAGCACACGUGCAAACUGUGGACUGCCUGAUAGGUCUAUGUCUUUGGAAUUUCCUGAUUUUGAGAACACAGUGACCAAAAAGAGAAAAUCCAUCCAGAAGUCUCUGUCUGAAAAUGAAGCAUUUGACAGGAAAAAUGUGAAUGGCACACUUUGGCAGGGCUCCAAGAAGCCGGAGAAUGAUUCGUACAUAAGAAGGCCCUGUCAGCUUGAAGAAGAUAAUAUUGUUGGUGAUGGGAUACAUUUGCUGCAAGGAAAGAAGAUAGAAGAAACAACAUGCCAGGUGAUAAAUUAUGAGCAAUGGAUUCCACCACGAGUUUACAGUCCAAGAGUGGCAAGUAAUGGUGAAAUGGGUGCAGAACCAGAUGAUAAAGCAGAGACCAUGGGAACAUUAAAACGAUUGCAGAAAUUGGUCCGAACCAAAAAAGCCAAUACACAAAGCUUGGAGGAUGUCAAACAUGUUUUGAUCCCCCUUAAUACAUUAGAAGAUACUUAUCUUUCAGAAGAGGAUGAAGAGGCACUAACUUCUUGCAUGAAACUGGCAAAACCUCAGGAAAAGAAAGCCUGGAAAGACAAUGUGAGGAGAAAAGAAGAGACUGAGACUAGGGCAGAGUUUAUUUCUGCGUCUUUGGGCCGGUCGUAUACUUCCAAAUUUAGUAACUUAGGAAUGAUUUCAAUCCAUUCAGAAACUGAAUUUCAUUUGUGGAGUGACUGGAAGCCAUUUCCUGAUAACCAGCUCUGUCCUUGUGAUUUCUUGAUUUCAAAAAUAGAAGAAUGGGAAAAAUGUACUUGUGCUUCUCAUCAGCCACAUCUUACAAAUUCCCUUACUGAUAUGGAUCUGCAGUACUCCUGGCGCACAAGUAGUUUUGGAAGCUUUGACCGUUUCAGAUAUCACUCAGUAUCAAAGACGGAUGAUUCAGCUGAGGUGUCUGAGUUGGAGACUGUAAGUGACAUUGGAGACGCAGCACAAACCAAAGCAGCAUAUAAUGGAAGAAGCUUGGGUAAGAAGAUGAGAGCCAUAUCCCUUACCAUGAAGAAAAAGAUGGGUAAAAAGUACAUCAAGGCACUCUCUGAGGAGAUGAAUGAAGAAGGAAAAGAUGACAGUGAUCCUGGUGGUGGAAUACACACUGAGAAGGUCUCCCUGAAAGCCAGUGACUCUAUGGAAAGUCUCUAUAGUCUAAACAGUGGCCAGAGCUCAUCUAGUGGGGUGACCAGCUGCUCUGAUGGAACAAGCAACAGGGAUAGCCUCCGGUUUGAUGAUGAAGUCCCUUACAGUGGGCCAUUCUGUGGCCGAGCCAAAGUGCACACUGACUUCACACCAAGUCCUUAUGACACGGACUCUCUGAAAAUUAAGAAAGGAGACAUUAUAGAUAUCAUCUGUAAAACACCCAUGGGGAUAUGGACAGGCAUGCUGAACAACAAAGUAGGAAACUUCAAGUUCAUUUAUGUGGAUAUUAUUUUGGAAGAGGAAGCUGCACCCAGGAAGAUAAAACCGCACAGAGGAAGCAAAAGGAACAAACCUAAAACACUGCAAGAACUCUUGGAACGUGUCCAUCUGCAGGAAUACACCUCAACCCUCUUGCUAAAUGGCUAUGAAACUGUAGAGGAUUUAAAAGAUCUACACGAGAGUCACCUGAUUGAAUUGAAUAUUUCAAACCCAGAGGACAGGGCAAGAUUGUUAUCAGCAAUUGAAAAUCUACAGGACAAUGACAAUGAACAAGAGCAGAUAAGCGAGGGUGGUCAGGAGACACAGAGCUUAAGCCCUCAGCACAGUUUUGACAAAUCACAGUUAAAUGACUGCCCAAGAGAUUCUGGCUGUUACAUCUCAUCAGAAAAUUCAGAUAAUGGUAAAGAAGAAGUAGACCCAGAAACCCUGUCUGACAUGGUGCAGUCAAUAACAAUCACUGAGUCAAACUGAUUCUGUUAAGCUGUUUCUGCAGAUGCUCAGAAAAGACAAUCAGAUAAGUGAAGUUGAUUUGCUGGUACAGAAGCAGAACACAAAAUAUUUCUCAACACUGCAAAUCUACUUCUGUCUGAUGUAUAAUGCUCUAGACUGCUUAAUAUGUGGACAUUUGAGAACUAAAUCUUAGCUGAUAAUAACAGUAUCUCAUGCUUUUCAACGAAUCCACCGACAUUACACGGAAAAUGUUCAUGCAUAUAUAUUUAUAUAUAUUUGUACAGCAAAUGCAUUUUGUAUAAUGAUAGCGAAUUGUUUUGGAUAGUGAUACGUUGUCUAAAUAUUAAGCUGUGGAACUCUCCAAAAUGUAAAUACUGUAUAUAUUUAUUUUUAAAAGAUUGAUUAAUCGCAUUGUCUCUUUUUUCAGAUGGGUUUUGCUGAGAUUUGUACAGAAAAUAUUUGCAUUGAUGUAUCAUCAUAAUAAAAAACUGGAUACGUUCACAUCCUACAUUGAAAAGUACUAACCUAAUUCCUGUUAAUAUUAAAGCUUUUUAAUGCUCUUCUUCUCCAAAAUGGUCUCUAAAGAGGCUGUCUUACAUUUUAUCCUGGAUGUACAAAAGAACUGUCGUGUCAGUCUGAAUCAAGCUCUUUGUGUUUGUCAUCUUCUAGAGAGUGUAGUCAUCUGAAUUCCUCACGCAUUGCCAAUUUGUAUAUUGUAAUUUUCACAACUGUUCUCAUUUCUUUCUAAGCAUUCUGAAGACAGUUCAAGCUUGGAACAACAAAAAACAAACAAACACAGCAGUGCUUUUAUUAUUGUUUUUUGUGCAACUCUGGCCUUUUGUGCGUGAUGUCAAACUUGUUCAUUGGGUAUUUUUGUUUGUGUACAGAACUCAGAAGCUAACGUGGUUAUCAUGCACUAUUGUCUUUUAUAUGGGAUUUAAUUGUCAUCUCCCAAGAUAUUUUGCACUGGAACACACAUUACAUCUGCCUGUCUUCUUCCUUCAAAAAUAAACAAAGUCAUACAUUUGAGCCCUUUAAAAACGAUUUGAUUUUUAAUGUGGUCAUUACAUUUUAAAGAUGGCUCUGUUCUUACACUAGCACAGUAAAUGGCAAAUCCACUGAGCAUUUUUAUCAUGCGUAAUCAUCUUGGUAUCAAAUCAAUACAGAAACUUCCUGCUCACCAAUUAGUCACACCAUUUUCAUAAUUUAAAGCAUUUUGCAUUCAUGCUAAAAAGUUUCCACAGACUCCUGACAAUUUAAAUCACUUUCACAAGAGAUGAAACACGGAAAGUUCCACCCCGGAACAAUACUUCUAAAGAAACUGUAAACAAGUGGAAAAUUCUUAUCCUUUUUUCCCCAUGGGCAAUGCUUUCUGCAGUUUCAUGACUGCUCAGAAGGGUACUGCUGUCAGACUCCUAAUAGACAGAUCUGCUUUGAGGGUUACAGUAUAAAAACAUUAAUUUUAGAAAAUUGCAUAAAUUUCAAAGACUUGGUGCAAAUAAACUUGGCUUAGUAGAAUAAA